AAUCAGAUGAAAUGCUGCUGUCUAGAGACUAACACAAUGGUUUUAAUAAGUUUGAGUCUGAUGUUCAGUUAAUUGCUGUUGGGAGAGAGCUCUGACUAUAAAAUGAGUCUCUGUGAAAAGAGAGAAGAGGAGGAGGAUCUUCACACACAUAAAGCAGAAUCUCCAGAACCCAGCUGUGUGUCUAUAAAGAGUGACAGGUCGAUGAGAAAACCCCCUCAUCUCAGUGAUGGAGCAGUGACCUCUGACCCUGAAGUAGAAAGAUAUUCUGUGAUCAGAUCAGUGAUGUUCUACCUGGAUCACUUUGUCUCCUAUUGUCUGACCCUCAUGGGGCUGGAUAACACAGAAACAGCCUUGCAGAGAGUUAAACACCAACACAAAACCAGCAUGAAGAACAAGUAUGAGAGCUUAUUUGACGGUAUCAUACGACAAGGGAAUCAAACCCUCCUGAACAGGAUCUACACACAGCUCUACAUCAUAGAGGGAGAGAGUGAAAGGGUGAAUGAAGAACAUGAGGUUUUACAGAUGGAGAAAACAGCCAGAAAACAAGACACUCCAAUCUACUGUAAUGACAUCUUUAAACCCUUAUAUGAACCAAAAUGUGAGGAGAAAGACAAAAUCAGGACAGUUCUUACCAAAGGGAUCGCUGGAAUUGGAAAAACUGUCUCUGUGCAGAAGUUCAUUCUGGACUGGGCUGAGGAAAAAGCCAAUCAGGAUGUAGAUUUCAUGUUUGUGCUUCCAUUUCGAGAGCUGAACUUGAUUAAAGAUCACCAGUACAGUCUUCACAGACUUCUGCUGGACUUUCAUCCUGAACUUCAAAAUCUGGACUCAAAGAUUUAUGAGGAGUGUAAAGUUGUGUUCAUCUUUGAUGGUCUGGAUGAAAGCAGAAUUACACUGAUGUUUUCAGACGCUCAGAAAGUUUGUGAUGUGACUGAGUCUUCAUCAGUGGGUGUGUUGAUGUCAAACCUCAUCAGAGGAGAGCUGCUUCCCUCUGCUCUCAUCUGGAUCACCUCCAGACCAGCAGCGGCCAAUCAGAUCCCCUCAAAAUACAUCAACCGUGUGACAGAAAUUCAGGGAUUCAAUGAGUCUCAGAAGGAGGAAUAUUUCAGGAAGAGAAUCAGUGAUGAGCAUGAAGCCAGCAAAAUCAUCUCACACAUCAGAAGAUCAAGAAGCCUCAACAUCAUGUGUCACAUCCCCGUCUUCUGCUGGAUCUCAUCCACUGUGCUUCAGAACCUCCUGAAACGAGAUGAGAGUGCAGAAAUCCCUCAAACUCUGACUGAAAUGUACAUCCACUUCCUGCUGACUCAGAUCAACAUGAGGAAUCAGAAGUAUGAUGAGAGAGAUCCAGAGAAACGCCUGAAGUCCAACAGAGAUGUGAUUGUGAAACUUGCUGAACUGGCUUUCAAUCAGCUGAUGAAGGGCAAUGUGAUGUUCUAUGAGGAGGACCUGAUUGAGAGCGGCAUAGAUGUCACUGACGCCUCAGUGUAUUCUGGGAUGUGCACUGAGAUCUUUAAAGAGGAAUCUGUGAUCAAUCAGAGAAAAGUCUACUGCUUCAUUCAUCUGAGCUUUCAGGAGUUUUUAGCAGCAUUCUUUGUUUUUUACUGCCAUGUAGUCGAGAAUGAGGAAUCACUUAAGUUUUUUCUGAAUGAAGAAUAUAAAGUGUACAGUCAGAAGAACUGUCUGUGUGAGCUACUAAAAGCAGCGAUUGAAAAAUCCUUACAGAGUAGAAAUGGACACUUUGAUCUCUUCCUGCGGUUCCUGCUGGGCGUCUCACUGGAGUCCAAUCAGAGACUCUUACAGAAUCUACUGAAACACACAGUGAACAGCUCAGAGACCAUCAUGAGAAUCACAAAGUACAUUAAAGACACAAUCAGGAGUGAUGAUGUUUUUGAUUAUAUGAAACAGGAACAGCUCACAUAUGAGAGGUGCAUCAAUCUGUUUCUCUGUCUCCUGGAAAUGAAGGAUCAGACUCUGUACAGAGAGAUUCAGGAGUUUGUGAAAUCAGAGAAUCACUUAGAGAAUGUUCUCUUUCCAUCUCACUACUCAACAAUCGCCUACAUUAUUCAGAUAUCAGAGGAGAUGGUUGAUGAAUUUGAUCCGAGGAAAUACAAGGCAGGAGAGUGUGGUAUCAAAAGACUAAUACCAGCUGUGGUGAACUGCAGAAAAGCUCUACUUGCUGACUGUUAUCUCACUGCUCAGUGCUGUGAAAGUUUGUCUUCAUCUCUACAAUCAUCAAAAUCACUGAGAGAGCUGGAUCUGAGUCACAAUGACUUGCAGGAUUCAGGAGUGAAGCUUCUCUCUAAUGGACUGAAGACUUCACACUGUCAACUCAACAUACUGAGACUUGCUGACUGUAAUCUAUCUGAUCAGUGCUGUGAAAGUUUGUCUUCAUCUCUGCAAUCAUCAAGCUCCUCACUGAGAGAGCUGGACCUGAGUCGCAACAACAUGCAGGAUUCAGGUGUGGAGGUUCUGUCUGAUGGAUUGAAGAGUUCACACUGUCAACUCAACAUACUGAGACUGUCAAGCUGUAAUCUCACUGCUCAGUGCUGUGAAAGUUUGUCUUCAUCUCUACAAUCAUCAAACUCACUGAGAGAGCUGGACCUGAGUAAUAAUGACCUACAAGAUUCAGGAGUGAAGCUGCUCUCUUAUUGGCUGAAGAAUUCACACUGUCAGCUCAACAUACUAAGAUUAUCUGGCUGUAUGGUGACAGAGGAAGGCUGUUGUUUUCUGGCUUCAGCUCUGAGUUCAAACCCCUCACACCUGAGAGAGCUGGAUCUGAGCUACAAUCACCCAGGACAAUCAUUAGUCAAGCUGCUUUCUAAUCCAAACUACAGACUGGAGAAACUCAAUGUGGAUCAUGGAGGAGAGUUCAGGAUUACAAAAGGACUACGGAAAUAUGCAUGUGAUCUCACACUGGAUUUAAACACAGCAAACACUCUUCUUGCUCUGUCUGAGAGGAAUAGAAAAGUGACAUGUGUGAGAGAGAAGCAGCCGUAUCCUGAUCAUCCAGAGAGAUUUGAUGACUGUCUUCAGGUUCUGUGUAGAGAGAGUCUGACUGGACGCUGUUACUGGGAAGCUGAAUGGAGUGGCGGGGGGGUUUAUAUGUCAAUGAUAUAUAAAGAAAUCAGCAAGAAAGGAAAUGGCUAUUUUAGGUUUAUACGCAAUGAAAAGUCCUGGAGUCUGAACUGUACUCCUGAAGUAUUCAUUGUCCAUCACAGUAAUAUUGACAGUAACACAUUUGUCUCUUCACAUCAGUCUAAGAGAGUAGGAGUGUAUCUGGACUGGCCGGCUGGCACUCUGUCAUUCUACAGUGUCUCUAACACACACACACUUACACACUUACACACAUUCAACACCACAUUCACUGAACCCCUCUAUGUUGGAUUUGGGUUUUUUUAUUCUGGUAGUAGUUCCGUGUCUCUGUGUGAGAUUAAACAGCAUCCAGUAAGAAACAACUGAGACAAAGUUGAGUGAAAGAAACACUCAUAUUAUCCCUUUAACUCACAAAGAUGUAAAUUCUUGCUCUCUUCUGAUCUUAAUUUCACAAGACUUCAGUCUAAACUUUUGUCUAUUACCAUUUUAUUUUCUUAAUUUGUUAUUUCACAGUUUCACACCGUUAACAGACAUAAAUCUAUUUCCUUAUCACUCUUUUGUAUAAUGUAGCAUAUAAAUUGUAUUUUUAUUGGUUUUGUAUGUUUCCACAUAACUUCACAUCAAAUAAUGUAUGGUACUGUGAGUGCAGUAUAUGUAAGCUCUGAUUCAGUAUAUUUUGUUUGAUAUAAUAAUUCAAUCAUUUCAGACAUUUGUUUUUAUUAAUAUGAUUUACAAAGCAAUUUAUGAUUAUCCAAAUAUGUAUUGUCAUACACUCCUAAUGUAAAGAAAAAGAAGAAAAAACACAUUUCUUUUUGCCUGUCACUCAAUGUGUUACAUACAGUUAUUAUAAACUUUGACAUUACCUGAUUUUAUUAAAUAAAAUGUUUUCAUAUCUAGUGAUAUUGACAGUAAGAGGGACACAGCUGUAACCUAAAAGUAUUUUUAUUUUAAUUUUUAUUAACCUUGUUCUGCCAACAGUAAUAGUAUCACUUUAAAACUAUUUGCACUGAUAGUUGUGUAUAAUGCUUUUUUAUAAAUUAUAAAUUUUGACCAGUAAUUGGAUGGUUGUUGUUGUUGUUGUUUUUGGUAUUUCAAGUUCAAAUGAGUGUACAGUAUGAUUAUCUCACCAACACAGGUCUCUUUCACCCCUUAUUGAAAUUUACUCUAAUAUAAGACACAAUAUUCACUAAAUACCUGUUAAUCACUGUUUUGUUCGUAUCAUAGUGAGUAAUGUUCCAGUAUUCUAAUUGUUGCAGUUAUAAGAACUAACAUUUGUUAAUCUAUCCAAUUUUAAUAUAUAAUUAUUUAGCAAAUUUAGGCUACAUGUUUGAAUGCCUGUCUCUGUCACCCGUUUGUUGAAAUGGAUCUAGUGCUUC